CUCGCCACGGCAUGCCGUGACUGUCUCGUUCGCAGGGCGGCGAUAUAUUGUCUCCGCUGAUAAACUUCGCAAGGUCGUCUUCUCUCCUUCCUUCAACCACGACCUCUCUAUACACACAUUCAACUAUGCCCCGCCUGGUCCGACGAGAGCCGCUCGCUGAGCGCAUCAAAGCCUACCUGGACCCCUGGGACUGGCUGAUGUGGGCGUCGGAAGAGCUGAACAGUAACGAUUGGGACGACUUCGCGAAGAGCUAUGCUUCUUCUCUAGGCCUGGCUAUGAACGUCUUCUUCAUGGUCGCAAGGGCAAACUCUAGCCGGCCGAGCCCCACAGGCGACGAUGUGUUUGGAGAUUACCAGAGGAAGAGCAGCGGGUGGUUGAGCUCGAUCAUGAACUUCGUCGUCCUCUCUCUCUCAAUCCUGUCCUUUCUGAACGCCUUCUACACAUUCUUCCGCAAGCGCCACUACCGCCUCUUCGAACAACCUAUUGAAACCAAUCCCUCCACUCCUUCUGCACACCGCGUGCACGUUGACUCCUCUCCCUUAUCUUCAUCCCCAUUCCGCUUCUUGCUAAACUUCAUCGCGUCUACAUCAGCCGAAUCCCGCGCUCAUCCCGAUGCCGCAAGAGAUGUUUGGGAGAUCGCCGUCUGGGACCCCAACCCUCUCUGCCUGCAGCUGUUCUGUCUAUUCAGUCCUUUACACGUCAUUCUCUACUACUUCAAUCUCCCAGUCGCCCCCCUAGACCCCCAGCCGAGCGUCAAGGUUGUCACAACAGUCAUAAUCGGGGGGAUUCUAACCGCCCAAAUGCUCUACCUCCAAAUCUCCUUCUCUCAGCAGGCCAAGGACUCCGCCAUCAUCCACCGCGAAGUCCUCCACGAAUACGACACAAAAUUCGUACACCCCAUCCUCCAGAAACCUUGCCGAGACGUCGGAAUCCAAACAAUUCCCAAGCCCCGCACUCGAGACUCAGGCCCCGGCCGAACCGAACUCGCAUCGGAGGUCGAUACCUUCACCCCCACAACCGUCAUCAAUCGCGGCUUCCGCACGAAUCCUAAUCAGGCUUAUUCCUCCCAAUACGAUCCUAAUAACCUUGGCUCAAUCCCAAAUACAAGGCCGACAGGCUCAAGUACUCAAACGCCAUCUCUGCGGCCUACGCAAAACGGGAGCUAUGUGCCAUCUUCAGUAGCCACAACGGGAACCGACUUCUCCUCUCCCAUCCGCCAAUCCAACACCCCAAACCCAUUCCGUCAACCUCAGUUCCGCCCCGCUCAAGUCGGUAAUGGAGAUGGAGGCAGCUUAGGCGUAUACACCCACGCCGCCUCUCCGUUACGAAAAGCCGCGAGCACCAACUUCCUCCGAGAUGAGAGAUCCCGGGGUCGCGAGAGUCUGGGUGGAGCUGGCGAGAAGAGGAGAGAAGGAAGUUCAACAAAGAGGGAGGGAAGCCCACUGAAGAGGAUGAGUACACCGGGUGGCUUCACGGGUGGAGACGGAGGGGCUUCGGUCGUUCCUGAUCGGUUCAGUAAGCGGUAUGCUGGCUUGGGUGCUGGAAGAAGGGAAAGUGGACAGUUUUGAGUACGCGUGAGGAAUGGUGCAUGAAGGAAUGGCGUCUUGAUAUCCCUGGAGGGGUACGGUGGGGCAAGGAAGCAUGUGAUGGAGUUGAUGUUUGUGUCAAUACCCAACCAAGGCUAUUAUAAGCUUGUGCUCAUAUAGGAACCCGUAAUACCUCAAACAUAU